AUGACAGAACUAGACAAAAAGGAUUUACCGAAGCAUGAAUCUAAUAAUGAAGGAGAGGGAGAGUUGAAAGAAAGUCCAGCUGAUAGCCCUAGAGAUGAUUCCAUUGUAAACGGCAAUAGGGAAGGAAGCAAAGUCAAUAUAGAUGAGGAGAACAGAAGCUUGGAUGCUCACACAAAUGGCAAGACUCAUGAAAAAAAAAAUUCUGUGGCAAGUAGCAGAACCAGCAUUGAAGUUGAAGAAGAAGAAGAAGAAGAAGAUGAUGAUGAUGAUGAUGAUGAUGAUGAUGAUGAUGAAGGAGAUACUGAGGGUGAGGCGGAACCAACAUCUGUCAAAAGUGAACUCCCUGCUAAGUCUAAAAUAUCGGCCUCUCCAGGACCAAAACGCUUGGGCCGACGUGAAAAAUAUUUAUUAGAGGUGAAUCCACAACAUGCACCAACAUAUUUCGGAACUUUGGAAACCAUUUUCCGCAGGGCCCUGGCCUCUAUAUUAGCAUCUCGUGGUAUUUCGACCAAUGCACAUGCGUUUGAAUUUUUAUCUCUCCUCGCUGAAGAAUAUAUGGAUGACCUUUUUUCAAAGCUUUUCAAAUUUAGUCAGAUUCAAAGAAGAGUACAACCAUCAGUUUCAGAUUUAAAGUUAACUAUGGAACAUUUUGGCAUCCGGAUAACCGACUUGGAAAGAGAGCGACAAUUGAAAUCCCGCUAUAUCGAUGCAUUUAAUAAUCUAAAACUAGACCCUGAGCCGGAGCAAUUGGUUCCGGAGGCAGAAGCUUUUUUUCAGUCGCCCAUUUCCGAUUUGAGGCAUUUGGUACCUUCCAAGAAAAAGGCUGGAGCAUAUAUUCCUUCGUGGAUGCCGCCUUUGCCUCCAGACCAUACAUUCAUGUCAACACCCCAGUAUUCCCGAAACAUUACUGAACCAAGAGAGCUUCGAGAAAAAUUGGUAGAAGAGGGUCGAUUGGCAGAAGCAGCUUUAAGAAGGCUAGUAGGAAUGGAAAUCGAUAAUGUGGGAGGAACAGAGCCUGACAACAAUAAUGGCAUAGUGCAUAUUGAAGAAGACGAAGAAGAGAUAGCAAAUGAGCUAGACAAGCGAGAAAUCAAUAAAGGGCCGAUUUCUUUGGCAGGAUCCGAAUUGAAAUCAUCUGAGUCGAAUAGCCAAGGUGAUUCUGAUUCAGACACAGACGGUGAUUUCGAAGAUUUGGAUUUGAGCCAAACUGACAAAGAAACUGUUGAUAUUAGUUUAAAGAAAGAGGAUGAGGCAAUGGAAAUUUCAACUCAUGAAAGCGGUGAGCCGGUCAAGCAAGAGGACAAGGAUAUCGCGCAGGUUAACGAGAAGGAUGAAGACGGUGAUGUGAAGAUCGAAGAAAACGGCUCUUUAAAGUCGGUCUCAGAACUUACACAAGACAAUGAGGAGAGUGAAGCUUCCCCAUCUGUGGCCAAAUCAGUCCAUUUUGCCGAUGCUAAUGGUCAUGUGAAAACUGAAGAGGCUGCUCAGCCUGUUGUGCAAAAGCCUGCCAAGUCAUUUUCCCUUAAAAUCACCUUGGGUUCCAAAAAGACCACAACUACAAUACGGCCCGAGGUAACAACCUCUGAGUUAAUUUCGCUUGAAUCUGGACAGAAAGAUGUGCUCUCAUAUGCCAGUGAGCGCCUAAAGAUCAUUGAACGUAGGAAGCGGAAAGAGGAGUCAAAAAAGCGUCGUUUGCCAGAUGAUCCUUCUCGCGAAACGAUUCAGGAAACUCUGCCAAAAGAGGAAUCGUUGCCAUCUGAUGGAGACAUAGUCACAAAAGCAACGUCGUCAACCACGCUAGACGAUGAACUUAGAAAGGUUCUCGCUUCCGUAUCGAAGCGAAACAAACGAAGCACCAGUGCUAUUCCUAACCAGGAGCUAGUAAUGUGGGAUAGCAAUAGAUAUAUUUAA